UAGUGUUAUAAAGGGUUGGAUCAACCUCCUCUUUCUGCUCCUCUUAUUGCUGUACUAUUGGCAAGUCUGAGGCUAUUAUGUACCAUCAACAUGCGUUAGACUGUUGCAGUUCGAAGCAUUUCACAUUUUUAUGUUAGGGUAGAGCAGAUGGCGCUCGAAAACGGAGGCAUGUCGGCAUCAGUCGGCAUGUUCAGUAUUUUUUGGAUCUGUAGUCACUGUUUUUGGAGGUGUUAACCUGUUAAUUAGUUUUAAUUGUAAUGUUUGAAAGUGAAGAUACCUUACGUUUAUUAUACAUUGAUAACAGGUGACAAAAGAUUGUAUAUCUGUUAAUUACUGUUUCGAUUAACUUUAAUUUUGCUAGAGGUUUUGAAGAUUGUAGUAAACAUUAUAACAUAUUGACAAUACAAUGGAUGAAGAAGUAACAAAGUCAUUGGCAAGCAAAAGAUUGAAUUAUGAGAAUAAACUCAUAUUAGCACCUAUGGUGCGUAUUGGUACCCUUCCUAUGCGCCUUCUUGCACUUGAUUAUGGUGCUAAUAUUGUAUACACAGAAGAACUCAUAGACUGGAAACUAUUAAGAUCAUUUCGCCGUGAAAAUGAUGUUCUAGGAACGAUUGAUUAUGUAGACAAAACAGAUGGUACUAUAACUUUUAGAACAUGUCCCAGAGAGAGAGAUCAAGUAGUUUUACAAAUUGGUACUUGUGAUGCAGCAAGAGCACUGAAAGUUGCUAAAAUGAUUGAACAAGAUAUUGCUGGAAUUGAUUUAAAUAUGGGCUGCCCAAAAUUGUUUUCAUUGGUAGGGAAAAUGGGAGCUGCCCUUUUACAAGAACCAGAAACUGCAAUGAAUAUUCUAAAAACAUUGGUAGACAAUUUGAGUAUACCAGUAACUUGUAAAAUUCGUGUAUUGCCAGACCUAGACAAAACUUUGGAACUUUGUGAACUUUUGGCCUCAACUGGUAUAUCAGCAAUAGCAGUUCAUGGUCGUACUGUUAACGAAAGGCCUCAACAUGCAAACCGUAAUGAAGUUUUAAGAGAAAUUUCCAAGAAGCUUUCAAUACCAGUUAUAGCAAAUGGAGGUUCAAAAGAAAUACAGAAGUAUUCUGAUAUUUUCAAGUUUAAAGAAGUUACAGGAUGUAGUAGCGUAAUGCUUGCACGUGCAGCUGAAUGGAAUUGUUCAAUAUUUAGCAAAAAUGGUUUACUUCCCAUGGAAGAUGUGAUAAAGUCGUAUUUAAAAUAUGCUGUGGAUUGUGAUAAUCCACCUUCUAAUACCAAGUACUGCAUACAGAAUAUUCUUCGUGAGCAACAAGAAUCAGCACUAGGCAGAAAGUUCCUUAGUUCUCAAACUUUAGAGCAAAUAUGCGCUGUAUGGAAUUUAAGUGACUAUUGUCAUUUAAAAAGAAAAGAAUUUGAUGAAAAAGGUUUAGAGGGAAGAUCUCAGGUUUCGCCUAUGAAGGAUGACGAUAAACAGAAUGAAGACCAAAUGUCAAAUAAGAGAAAAUUAUUAGAUGAAGAGGACGUAGUUUUAAUGCAUUGUGCAUUUUUAAGAAAUAGUUAUUCGACGGAUCUUGAUUUGCCAAAAACUAUAUUACACAAAUGGACACAAAGUCAGAGGAAGAAAAUGCCGCGUUACGAUACAUUACAAAGAGGAAAGCUCUUCCGUUCUAUUGUUACCGUCGAUGGGAGGAAAUUCGGAUCAUCUUUCUGGGAAAAAAAUAAAAAGUGGGCAGAACAAGGAGCGGCAUUGGUUUGCCUUGUUUCAUUAGGUCUAGUCAGUGACAAAAAUUUCGCCACAAAUGACAAUAUAUCUUCGUGAUAUCAAAUAACCUAGAUACAGAACUGAUUAAUAAACGAAAUAUUUUUACGUCGAUUUAUAAGAUUUGACCUAAUAUUUUUGUAUUACUUUUGUUAUGAAUAAAACAUUUUUUCUGUU